UCGCAGCUGCUUUCGCCGCACUUACGCAUCAGUGGACUACAUAGAAACGUCGUAAACUACACGUUUGAAGUAUUUUUCUUUCAUCCUCGCGAGUAUCAAGCUCGUUCCAGUGCGUCCGUCCCACGUGGGUCCACGCACCGCGCGUUUUCGAGUAGUUUGGACAACUCUAUUUUCCUGUUGUUGGAUCUAUAUAGCUCGCCAAGUUCGCUCCCCCCCCCCGCGAAAAUGCAGGUCGGACGCAAGUCGUGCUUGAGGCAGUUGCAGGUUUCUUUUUUCAGACUCCUCUGUCUCAUCCCAACAGGAUUCCCCGUCCGGAGUGUGGAUAUGCAGCGAGCGACCGACAACAUCACCAUCCGCCAGGGCGACACAGCGGUGAUAAGGUGUUACGUGGAUGACAGGGUGUCCAAGGUGGCCUGGCUCAACCGAUCCAACAUCAUCUUCGCAAGCCAGGACAAGUGGUCCUUGGACCCCAGAGUCGACCUGGUCACGAAAGGACAACUGGAAUACAGCCUACGCAUACAGAAGGUGGACGUCUACGAUGAAGGCUCCUACACCUGCUCUAUACAGACCAAGCAGCAGCCCAAGACUUCGCAGGUCUACCUCAUCGUCCAGGUUCCAGCCAACAUCUACAAGGUGUCGGAAGACAUCACGGUGAACGAGGGCAGCAACGUGACGCUCAGCUGCCUGGCGUCCGGGAGGCCUGACCCCGCCAUCACCUGGCGACUGCUCAACCCCUCAGCUGAGCCGCUGGAUGGAGAGGAGUACCUGGACAUAUCGGGGAUCAUGCGAAACCAGGCCGGACGCUACGAGUGCAAGGCCAGCAACGACGUGGCCACGCCCGACGUCAAAUACGUCAACGUGGUCGUCAACUACCCUCCGGCCAUAAAGAAAUCCCAGAGCUCGGAGACCCAAGUGGGCCGCAUGGGGAUGCUGCAGUGCGACGCCACAGCGGUGCCCACGCCGGAGUUUGAGUGGUAUAGAGACGACAAGAGGCUAUCCAACUCUCAGGCCAUCAACAUACAGACCCUGGGCACCAACACCAUCCUCAUGAUCACCAACGUUACCGAGGAGGACUACGGGAACUACACCUGCGUGGCCUCCAACCGGCUGGGCUUCCAGAACGCCAGCCUCUACCUUUAUAGACCUGGGAUGGGGCAAGACAACGGCUCUGCCUCUGUAUCUCAAUCACUGUGGCUUAUGCUGGCCUGCAUCACCUGCCUUUUCUUCAAGUGUUAAU